AUGCGAUUUCGAGAACUUCUUAAACGAUUAAAUAAUCAUAUUAUUUUAGCUUUAUUACUCAUUAAUUUCAUCCAAUUUCAUCUUGGUUUAUUCGAUUGGCUCUUUCAUGUCUGUAUUCCCGUAAUUACUAGUGCUACUGCAACAAUGUUACUCAUCAUUCGCGUUCUUAUUCAAAAACGUCGAAUAGGUCAACGAGAGAUUUGGCGACGAAAUCGUAAAAUGGUUAUUCAACUAAUAUCCAUAUCAAUUAUAUACAUGGUUAUUUGGAUUCCCAAUGUUGUUUUUCAUAUAAUUCCAUUAAUUGUUUCAAGUCCAUUGUCCUCUGAAAUUGCUACUGGCAUUCUUAGUCAUGUUCAAUAUAUGCCCGCUCUUCUCUGUCCAUUUAUGUCUCUCGUUGGAUUACCUGAAAUACGUAAAUCUCUCAAGCAAACAUUUACGCGAUUAAAUUGCGUACAACCAUUAACUUAG